CGCUCUCCAUGUUCGUUGACAUGGUGUUCUGCACGCUGCUGCCGCUCUAUCUGUUCCACAACGAGUUCUCCCGUGAGGACUCCGCGCUAUGCAUAUCCGUGAUGGGGAUCGCCGACCUCGUGGGCCGCUUCAGCGUGGCUGUGCUGGGAGCCUGCUGCGUGCCCGACAACAGACUGGUCUUCCUGCUGAGCUCAGCGGCGACUCUGGUCAUUCGAGCACUGUACAUCUUCUUCACCGACUUCAUGGCCAUCGCGGUGCUGUGUGCGCUGCUGGGCUUCUGCAAGUGCUUCAUGUUCGUGCUGGCGCCCCUCGUGGUGGCCGACUCGUGCAGCCAGGAGCGCUUCCCCGCCGCCCUCGGGAUCCAGACUGUUAUGGGCGGCGUAAUGACCGUGGCGUUUGGACCUGCCAUCGGUAAAGUCAGAGAUGUGACUGGCAGCUUUACCGCGAGUUUUGUUGCAAUCACUGUCCUCGGCCUCUUUUGUGUGGUACCGUGGACUCUGGAAAUGGUUGUAACCGCAGUCAGGAGGCGGCGAAAGGUGAUCAACAAGUGAACGACGCUGCGUCAUGUCAAGUAUUUUCUGCUCUAGAGGGUAUAAGAGUCAUCAAUAAUUUCCGUAAGAAGACUACAAUGAUUCACAUCAGCUGUUACGAAUCUGUGAGAUAGAAAGGCUCCAACUUGACAAAGGUGUGAGAAUCUUACUUUUUCUGAGCACGUGUAUGAUCAAUUGAUUUUUGUGUACAGGAAAAUCACAUUCCGAAUAAUGAUUCACACAAGUAUAGAGAGACCCAAAUGAAACGGUGUGCCUCAAAAGGUGUGCUGUAUCUGAUUUUGUAAUUAGUGUGAAGCUCAUUCUGGAACAAAAUAAUACUUUAUCGUAGAGUAAUAUCGUUUCCAAUAAUACAAAAAGAUAACGCACACUAUUUGACACGUGGUUUUAUUCAUUUUUCUGGUUAGCUUCAUUGAACUCUGAGGCACUAAACGCUGCCCACACGCCUUUCGGUCUCCUGGGGACUCAACCAGUCCAUCACAGCAACUGUAAUUUUCCAACAGAGUGUGCAACAUCAUCACGAGAAGAGCUUAUCAGCUAUUACUGCGAUACCUUUACAAUAUAGAGAUUGACCGAAUCUAAGCCAGCGGAAUUCGUCUUGAACUUAAAUGGGUCUGUAAUCUGAUUUGCUGUUAU